AUGUGGCCAUCCAAUGACCCGAUCUCAGCCUAUGGCUUCACACCUGUUUUAUCGUCAGCUACUGCUCUUCUUGCAACAGAUCCUCCUGCAACACCCGCCCCAUUCAUUGCAGUGACCGAAGUUCCGACUUCAACAACAUCCCUCGCGCAGCGGAUCAAUGAGUAUGCAAGGUCUCAUCUUCCUGAGCCGACAUACAAUCAUUCCCUUCGGGUUUACCACUUUGGGCUUGCGAUCAAGCGAUACAGGUUCCCUGAAUGGGCCUUUACCGAUGAAACAUACUUCCUUGCCUGCCUGCUUCAUGAUAUCGGAGCAACGCAACGUAACUUGGAGGCUACUAGAAUGAGCUUCGAGUUCUUUGGGGGCUUGAAAGCACUGGAAGUCCUGCAGAACCUACAGCCCUCCUUUGUAGGAGGCGGGGUCGCAGUCGCCCCGAAAGAUCAGGCAGAGAGCGUGGCUGAAGCAGUCAUCCGGCAUCAGGACUUGUGCGAAAAGGGUAAAAUCACAGCACUCGGUCAAUUGCUUCAGUUGGCAACAAUCUUCGACAAUACUGGUUUAUAUGCGGAUCUCAUUCAUCCCUCGACUAUCCAAGAUGUUUCCAACCAUUUCCCUCGCUUGAAAUGGAGUGGUUGCUUCGCUAGUACCAUUCAUGAAGAGAAUCGGCUCAAGCCCUGGGCACACACAACGACGCUUGGCGAGGAAGAAUUCCCCAGCAAGGUGCUCGGAAAUACUCUAAUGGCACCAUAUGAAUGA